ACUGAUGCGUCCUUCCUUAUACCGCACACCCUCAAUUUGACUGCAGUCAUCCCGAGAAGUGCGUUUCAGGUUAUUUACUGAUAUGCAGCAGUAUUUGUAGGAGAUAUGAAGCUGUGUCAGAUCGUCGUCUCAAAUUUCGUGUACCGGUAUGUACCUUGUCGACCACGGAGAUAAUUGCGAAUUUGCUACGGAUUACGACGAGCGACCCUUUUCUCAACCCGCGGUUCCGUAUUGACUGAGCACUUAUGCAUUGAACUUUCUGAAAAACAUUGGGCCUUGGCUAUCUGUAGCCUCUUUGCAAACAGCAACAAUGUAUCAUGUUAUAAAAGGACUUGUUCUAACAGAAUCCCAAUGCUGGGAUCCCGAUAGUGAAAGGUCAUACCAAGACCUAUUCGAUAAACUGGACACCAACAAGGACGGGAAGGUCGAUGUUGCUGAAUUGAGAGCGGGCAUAACCGCAAUGGGCAUGUCAUUCCGCAGAGGUGCAGCGGAGAAAAUUGUAUCGUCUGGUGACGAAAACAAAGAUGGAGGGCUUGACUUCAAUGAGUUCAACAAAUAUCUGAAAGAACACGAGAAGAAACUGCGCCUGACGUUCAAGAGCUUGGACAAAAACAACGAUGGGCACAUCGAUGCCUCUGAGAUCAAGCAGUCCCUUGAAGAGCUGGGCAUGGACAUAACCAAGGAAGAGGCCCAGACCAUCCUACAAAGCAUGGACAUUGAUGGCACCAUGAUGGUGGACUGGAACGAGUGGAGGGAUCACUUCCUGUUCAAUCCUGCCCAUAACCUGAAUGAGAUCAUACGCUACUGGAAACACUCCUCAGUGCUGGACAUAGGUGAGAGCAUUGCCAUCCCUGAUGAGUUCACAGAGGAGGAGAAGAUCUCUGGUGGCUGGUGGAAACAGCUGUCUGCCGGGGCGAUGGCUGGGGCGGUCUCUCGCACAGGCACCGCCCCCCUGGACAGGGUGAAGGUCUUCAUGCAGGUCCACUCCUCCAAGUCCAACCGGGUCACCCUGCUGGGAGGAUUCAAGCAGAUGAUUAAGGAAGGGGGCAUGGCCUCAUUAUGGCGAGGGAACGGGGUCAACGUGUUAAAAAUAGCCCCUGAGACUGCUAUCAAGUUCAUGGCCUACGAACAGUAUAAGAAGCUGCUGACACCAGAGGGAGGGAAGGUCCAGACCCACCAGAGGUUCAUGGCUGGCUCUCUGGCAGGAGCCACCGCCCAGUCAUCCAUCUACCCCAUGGAGAUGAUGAAGACCAGACUGACUCUGGGGAAAACUGGCCAGUAUAAUGGAAUGUUUGACUGUGCCAAGAAGAUUCUGAGGAAAGAGGGCAUCAAAGCCUUCUAUAAAGGCUACACUCCCAACAUGAUAGGCAUCAUUCCCUAUGCUGGCAUCGACCUGGCUGUUUACGAGAGCCUGAAGAAUGCAUGGUUGUCCCGCUACGCCAAAGACACAGCCAACCCUGGCAUCUUGGUGCUGUUGGGCUGUGGCACCAUCUCCAGCACCUGUGGCCAGCUGGCCAGCUACCCCCUCGCCCUGCUUCGCACACGCAUGCAGGCACAAGCAACUCUGGAAGUGUCGGACAAGUCCACCAUGACUGGACUGAUGAAGGGGAUCAUGGCUAACGAGGGUUUCUUUGGACUGUACCGGGGUAUCCUGCCCAACUUCAUGAAAGUGAUUCCUGCUGUGAGCCUCAGCUAUGUGGUCUACGAGUACAUGAAGACCGGCCUGGGGAUCUCCAAAUGAUGCAGGGACAGUCAGACAGGAUGUUAAGUCUUUAGGUCUUUUUGGACAGUUUAGUUGGAACUUAGUGAUCCGCACAGACUUUUAUGAUCUCACGUGGACAACCAAACGUUGCCAUAUUGUGAUCACUCUGUGUACUGGGCCUUACGUGGAGAACCAUGAAAUCAAGGUUGGGUCUGAGAUAGGCCAUAGCAGUAGACUCUCCAAAAAUGAUGCUCUCCUCUUUAACUCAAGGUGAAAUUCCAAUAUGGUGCAAUAUACCCGUUAAGAACUGCAUUAUGGAUCUUAAAACAUAGAGAACGAGGUAUCGAUGUCUUCAGGUGAACACUGUGAACGAGGUUCAAGAGCUUUGUCCAAACUAUUUUUGUUCCACUGUAAUAUUAGACGCUCCAUGCACACAUUUUAGAGAAUCCCACACUACUACAGUUUGCUAUAGAAUUCUGUGGUAAAUUGUAGUCUGGGUACCAGUCAAUUUAGCUAACGUUCCACUACCUGUACUCUGUGUCAUAUGCCUAAGAUAUAUUUAAAGAAUGAAGAAAGACCGUCUCUUUGGCAUAUCACAUGGAGUAGGCUACAUGGAGUGGAAUGUUAGCUAAAUAGACUGGUACCCAUCAUCAACGAUCACUCGGGGUUGAGUAUGAUCGUCCUCCUGGUGGGUCUUCAGAUGGCUGAAGAGGCCGAUCCGGGAGCCACAUCUUUUGAUGCGGUAUGGGCCAGGGUGAGUGGUGGUGGUGGGUGGGCGUUCUUGAUGGGAAGUCUCUCCUUUCGAAGUUGCUGCUUGUCCUCUGCGGCACGGCAGAGAUUUUCUUUGUACCAUGCAACUUCGUCAUGGACAGCUUUUCUCCAUGUCGACCUGUCGAGGAGUGGAAUGUUAGCCAAAAAGGCUGGUACCCAGGCUAAGUAAACUGUAGUAUACUAUAGAAUACUAUACUACACACGGUAGUAUCCCUCGAUCAGGGGUAUUACAUAAUAUAUAAUUUGGUAGUAUACUGUAGAAUACUAUACUACACAGUGUGGUAUUCCUCAUUCAUGUGUAGUACUUACUGUAGAAUUCUGUAGUGAACUGUAAAAUAUUAUAAUAUUUGAAGAACUAUAGUAUAUUAGUAAUAUAUGCAUAAAACACUAUAGUAAAUAGUACACUAAUGUCCACAGAACACUGCAGUACAUACUAUAGUUUUUUAACUAUAGUAAUACUACAGUAUUUAUAAGUGUGCCUUACCCUCAGUUAAAUAUCAUAUGUUUCUAUCUUAUUUGGUUGGUUCUAUUUAUUUGUACAGGUUAGUGUCAUUUACAACUGCUGUUUUAAUGUUAUGUUUUCACGUGUUUUAACAGAUGAUUUACAAACAUGUCUUUUUGUACUUUAUGCUUUUCUUGAAAGACAAUGCCUACCUUGUUGUUGACCGUUAAGCUGAAUCUCAAGCAAAAAUAUUCAUCGUUACAAAAGCUCGCAUGCAAAUAUUGUCUAUGAAUCAUUACUGGAGCUGAGGGGGAAGUCUUAAAAAAUGCUGCCUCUUUUUUUGCUAAGCUUGACUGAAAUGUAAGUAGGUUGUGUACACUGCCAAUACUGGUUUCCAAUUCAGAAUCACUUCAGGAUCCCCCCUACACACACACUCCAUAUGCAUGUCAUGCACCCACUAAAGAUUAUUACUACUUGAGGCCAAUGGUUGUUAUGUUGCCUCAAUGUCUUAUGUCUUAAUUAUGUUUGAAUAUGUAAUAGGUCUACUAUGCCUGAAUCAAUUGACAUUGUGAGAGUUGUAUGAAUGUCCUCGCAAAGCUUAGACUGAAAGAAAAGCAAUGCAUGUGUUAUGGGUCGAAACAAAUGUUUGCAGAUGGUUGUCCAGGUAUAUAUAAAUAUUCACAAUGGAAUGUUUUCAAUUGAAUUUAAAUGAAUAGUGCACACCCAGUGCAAAGCCAACUCCAAAUUGUCAAUGCUGUGUGCAUGUCGCAUCUAGAGGUCUUGCAGUGCACGUUUGUGAAUGCUUAUUCCACGAAUGAUUUAAUUGAUCUGUGUCAAUCAACUCUAGAUCAUCGUCAUCCCUGUGCGGACAUCCAAAAACCUAUCCAAUCAAUUUACAGUGUACCUUUAAAAAUAUAUAUAUAUUAUUCAUAAUACAAAAACAACUUACAUCAAACAUGUCUAACAAAACAAAAUGCAUGUAUUAACAAGAAAAUACUCAAACAUACAAAAUAUAUCAAUAAAAUAAUAGAAAUAACUAUUCUAGUGCAAUUGUAUUCACUCUGAGAAAAUGUCAUGAUUAAGGAAGAUGUUAUUCACUAGGGAUAAUGUCUUAAGAGAAUUCAAUCAAAAAUAUGUGUAAUUUUGGUAUAGAAUUCUGGAAUUUUUGUUUGUUUAUAAAGUAUUUGGCAACAAGAAUUUUAAAAAAUGUAAUCAUUUCAAUGGUCUUGUUAUCAUUGCAAUAGUAACAUAAUAUAUCCUUCAUGUCAACAUGGGCAGUGUUCAUAAUGGUAAAUAAGUAUUCUGCAAAGGUUUUCACAGAAUUCGGACACACAUUUACAUUCAAAGAACGAGUCAGAUUCUCCCCUUUUUCACAGAAAACGCAGAUAUCAUCAAUAGCCACAAAUUUGGACAACACAAUUUACAUGGAUAUAUCUUAUGUAGAAUUUUAAAGUGCACUUCCUUAAAUUUGUUGGGUAUACAGCAACCAAGCUUUUUCUAGACAAUGUCAGGAAUAAGCACGUUCCAUAAAGAUUUUCCUCUCGGUGUAAGCUGGUUUUGUGAAUGAAGAAUUUGUCUUAUAUAUUUAUUACAACUAGAUUUCUCAAGUAAGCCCACACCUUCCAAUCUCAGUUCUGGAUAAGCUCUGUGAUCAUUCAUGAGGCUAAGAUGAGUUUUCAUUAGUGUAGUUAGACUACUGGGAAUGGCUUUGAUCACAGAAAUAAACUCUCUGAAAGGUAUUGGAAAUUCAUUCAAUGUUAAAAAUUGUUCAUAUGUAAGAAUAUGUGCACUCUGAUGUGCACUCUGAUGUCAAAAACAUCAAGAACAAAGUCAAUAUUCCUCUCAUGCCAGCUGGGGUAGAACAAUGACUUAUUCCUUACAGUUAUGUCUGAAUUAUUCCA